UUGGCUACUCCACCUGCCACUGGUGCCACGUGAUGGAAGAGGAGUCCUUCAAGAACGCGGAAAUCGGGGAGAUUAUGAACAAGCACUACGUGUGCGUCAAGGUGGAUCGCGAGGAGCGGCCGGACGUGGACAAAGUGUACAUGACCUUCGUGCAGGCAACCAGCGGCAGAGGGGGGUGGCCGAUGAGCGUCUGGCUGACGCCGGACCUCAAGCCCUUUGUGGGGGGGACAUACUUCCCUCCUGAAGAUGGGGUUCAUCGUGUCGGCUUUCGGACUGUGCUGCUCCGCAUCGCAGAGCAGUGGAAGGAGAACAAAGAUGCCCUGUUGGAGAACAGCCAGAAGAUCCUGGAAAUGCUGCAGCACAGGUCUGAGAUGCGUGUGUGGGCCCAGGGGUCACCCCCGCCAUCCAAAGAGGUGAUGGCCACCUGCUUCCAGCAGCUCUCCGACUCCUACGAUGAGGACUACGGUGGCUUUUCUGAAUCCCCCAAAUUCCCCACCCCAGUGAAUCUGAAUUUCCUCUUCACGUACUGGGCCCUGCACCAAACGACUCCAGAAGGUGCCCGGGCACUGCAGAUGGCUCUGCAUACCCUGAGGAUGAUGGCCCAUGGCGGCAUCCACGACCACGUCGGUCAGGGGUUUCACCGCUAUUCCACGGACCAGCAGUGGCAUGUCCCUCACUUUGAGAAGAUGCUGUACGACCAGGGGCAGCUGGCAGCUGCCUAUAGCAGAGCGUUUCAGAUCUCGGGUGAGGAGUUCUUUGCCGAUAUGGCCCAAGACAUUCUGCUCUAUGUCUCACGGGACCUGAGUGACCAGGCAGGAGGUUUCUACAGUGCGGAAGAUGCGGAUUCCUACCCAACCAUCACAUCCGGGGAGAAGCGAGAAGGAGCUUUCUGCGUGUGGGCAGCCGAGGAAAUCCGGGCUCUCCUUCCUGACCCUGUCGAGGGGGCUGCAGAGGGGACGACCCUGGGAGAUGUCUUCAUGUACCACUACGGAGUGAAGGAGACUGGCAAUGUGAGCCCUGCGAAGGACCCCCAUCAGGAGCUGAAGGGCAAGAACGUCCUUAUCGUCCGGUGCUCCCCAGAGCUGACGGCAGCCCGGUUUGGGCUGGAGCCGGGGCGGCUGG